GACAAAUCCUGAGCAGCAAAUGGCACAACUAAACCCCUACACGCCCGAGAUCGAGCAGUUUUUCAAGGCUUUGUUUUCCUUCGUCUGCAGUUUGGAUUUGUCUUGUCUCGGCACGAAGUUACUGUCCCUGAUUUUCCAAUCAGUGUUCCUGAAUUCCACCUUCCGACACAAUUUGAAAGAAUUUUUACACCUUGGCGGCAACACACUGCACAGCUUGGACGGUAUUCCGACUUUUCCAGUUUGUGGUGUUUUGA